GAUGUUCUGUAUGGCAAAUGUGUUGCUCUGAUUGGUCAAUAAAUAAAUCACUGAUUGGCCAGUGGCCAGGCAGGAAGUGUAGGCGGGACAAGGAGGAGAAUAAAGCUGGGAAGUGGAAGGCUGAGUCAGAGAGACACUGCCAGCCGCCAUGAUGAGAAACAGCAUGUGAAGAUGCCGGUAAGCCACGAGCCAUAUGGCAAGGCAUAGAUUUAUAGAAAUGGAUUAAUUUAAGCUGAAAGAACAGUUAGCAAGAAGCCUGCCACGGCCAUACAGUUUGAAACCAAUAUAAGUCUCUGUGUUUACUUGGUUGGGUCUGAGCAGCUGUGGGACUGGCGGGUGACAGAGAUUUGUCCUGACUGUGGGCCAGGCAGGAAAACUCCAGCUACAGGCCAGUUCCUGGUGCUCCUGUAAAAUGAAGCUUGCUUUAAUCAGACAUUCGUGCAAUUGGUUUUUCUCAGGCCUAACCGCUGUCUAGGGCACUCUGCUUCUUCCUCUUAUACUGUACUGCAGGCAGCCAGACACCAAACCCAGGGAGAGUAAAUAUCAUCAUACAAGGAUUGCAGGAAUUCCUUCGCCCAGACUUCUGGGAAAUGUAGUCCAUGCGACUGUGACAUCACAGGGAGCCGUCCAGGAAAUUCCUUUCUGGCGUUUAGUCCUCAUGGGUGCAGCUUCCGCAAAGUUGGGCGAGUGUCCUGCCCUACUCUACAGUCCCGUUGCAUCUCAGACAUGGAGAUUUUGGAACAUGCUCUAUGAGCUACAAAGAUGCUUUCAACACAGGAAAUGCUGUCCUUCUGUGAUGUGGCCAUUGAGUUCUCUCCAGAAGAGAGGGACUGCCUAAAGCCUGCUCAGUGGAAUUUGUACAGGGAUAUAAUGUUGGAGAAUUACAGCAACCUUGAUUUCCUGGGUCUUGCUGUCUCUAAGCCACACCUGGUGACAUUUCUGGAGCAAACACAAGGGCCUGGGGAUCUGAAGAGACAAGCAACAGACAGUGUGCACCCAGGAACAAUACCCAAUGAUUGUAACAAUUACAGCAAGGUCAUUGAUUGUAAAUCACUCCUUAUUCAACACCAGAGAAUUCAUACAGGGAAGAAACUUUACAAGUGUGAAGAAUGUGGAAAGGCCCUUAGUUCUCAAAAAACCCUAUCUAUACACCAGAGACUUCAUACUGGAGCCAAACCCUACACAUGUAAAGGAUGUCAUAAGACCUUUAAUACUCGCUCAUCACUUUUUAUACACCAGAAAACUCAUACUGAUGAGAAAUCCUACAAGUGUGAAAAAUGUGGCAAAUCAUUUUACUAUCCUCCACUGCUGAAGCAACAUCAAAGAAUUCAUUCUGGAGAGAAGCCCUACAAGUGUGAAGAAUGUGGCAAAGCAUUUUAUUUUCCUUCAUACCUUAAGCAACAUCAACGAAUUCAUUGGGGAAACAAUCCCUACAAGUGUGAAGAAUGUGGAAAAAGGUUUUCUUGUUCUUUACGCCUUCAAGUCCAUCAAAUAAUCCAUACUGGAGAGAAAUUGUACAAGUGUGAAGAAUGUCACAAAGCCUUUAGUUAUCACUCAUCGUUUUGGAGACACAUGAGAGUUCAUAUUGCAGAGAAAUCCUACCAGUGUGAACUGAGUGGAAAAGGAAUUACUAAGCCUGCCUUCCUCAUUGGAAAUAGGGCAGCUCUUAUUACAAGGAAAGCCUACAAGUGUGAAGAGUGUGGCAAGUGUUUUUGCUCACCUUCAUCACUUAAACGACAUCAAACAAUCCAUUCUGAAGACAAUCCCUACAAGUGUGCAGAGUGUGGCAAAAGGUUUUCCUACUUUGCACACCUUCAAGAACAUCAGACGGUCCAUACUGGAGAGAAACCAUACAAGUGUGAGGAGUGUGGUAAAUGUUUUUCCUCAUCUUCAUCCCUUAGACGACAUCAAUCAAUCCAUUCUGAAGACAGUCCCUACAAGUGUGCAGAGUGUGGUAAAUGGUUUUCCUGUUCUAGGAGUCUUCGGGAACAUCAAGCAAUUCAUACUGGAGAGAAACCAUACAAGUGUGAAGAAUGUCACAAAGCCUUUCGUAAAUACUCAGCCCUUUGGAAACACAAGAGCAUCCAUAAUGCAGAGAAAUCCUACCAGUGUAAAAAGUGUGGAAGAUGUUUUGCCUCAUCUUCAUCCCUUAGACGACAUAAAUCAAUUCACUCUGAAGACUAUCCCCACAAGUGUGAGGAAUGUGGCAGAUGUUUUUAUUCAUACUUGUUUUUUAAACGACAUCAAAUAAUCCAUUCUGAAGACAGUCCAUAUAAGUGUGUAGAAUGUGGCAAACGGUUUUCCUGUUCUAGAAGUCUUCGGGGACAUCAAGCAAUUCAUACUGGCGAAAAACCAUACAAGUGUAAAGAAUGUCAUGAAGCAUUUCGUAAUAGCUCAUCCCUUUGGAGACACAAGAGAGUUCAUACUUCAGAUAAAUCCUAAUAGUGUGAAGAGUGUGGCAAAUGUUUUUCUUCAUCUUCAUGCCUUAGACAAUACCAAACUUUCUAUUCUGAAGACAAUCCAUCCAAGUGUGCAGAGUGUAGAAAAGGUUUUCCUACUUUGCACACCUUCAGGUACAUCAGACGGUCCAUAUUGUAGAGAAACCAUCAAGUGUUAAGAGUUGACAAAUGUUUUUGCUUAUCUUCAUCCCUUAGGCGAUGAGAGAGAGAGAGAGAGAAUUCAUUCUGAGGAUAGUCCUUUAAAGUGAAGGGAAUGUGGCAAAGACUGUUAAACACUUGAUAAUUCAUACUGGAGAGAAAUUCUACAAAUUUCUUAAAAAGUUCACACAUCUUCAGUCCUUAAAACACAUCAAAUUCAUUCUGACUACAAACUCCAUGAGUGUGUGGAUUGUGAAAUCUUU